GACUUUUAAUUUAUAUCUUCAGCGGAAGUUCCUCUUGUGUUAUCCGCUCGACUCUUCGCCCCUUCUACAGGCUGUAGAUACUCCAGCGCCAAGGUUUUUAGGUGACACAGUUUUAUCUGUUGUCAGGAAAAGCCAUGGCUCGUGGGCAGCAGAAGAUUCAGUCCCAGCAGAAAAAUGCCAAAAAGGCAGCAGAAAAGAAAAAGGCACAGGGAGCAGAUCAGAAGACUGCUGCUAAAGCUGCUCUCGUCCACACCUGCCCAGUUUGCAGGACACAGAUGCCAGACCCAAAGACAUUCAAGCAGCAUUUUGAGAGCAAACAUCCCAAGUCUCCAAUGCCCCCUGAGCUGGCUGAUGUGCAGGCAUAAAGGACUCUAGGGAUUAACAAUAUCUGCAUUUGGGACCCUGGGGAAAGAAAUGAUGUGAUUCAGCUUGGCCAACUGAUUCAACUCAUCUGGACACAAUGACAGGAGACCUUAGAAAGGACUAAAGCACACCAGCACCCAUUUGAUUUUAUAUUUUUAUAUGCAUCAUGCCUUCAAUUAGGCGGACCAUCAUUACCAGUGUGCUAUGUGCCCUAACAGCCUCAUAUUCUUGUCCCAUCAAACUCCUCAGUAUUUACUCAGCCACUAAUUUAAUAUUUUCUUAAAUCCUGACAGCUUUCAUUUUAAAACUCUAUUAACACGCAUACACCAGUGUCUGUCUUCAAUGCAUACUAUUUAGUAAUGUCCACAUGUUUUUAUUUCUUUCCAACACAAGCUGUGAUAAGAAUUGCAUCAUCAUGGGGAUUACCAAUAUUGGCCUAGAGGAAAUUGUACCUAUUCAGUUUUUUCCAGUCAAAAAUAAUCUUCAAAUCUACAAAGUAUGCUCUUGGCAAAGUUCUUUAGAUGUUGAAUAGAGGCCCUGGAUUUGCUUAAUGUUUGAGCAUUUUUUUAUGGUUUUCAAUAAAUGUAUAAGCAUAUUGA